CGCCGCGGGCCCUCCCGGAAGCCAGGGGGCGCUGUGACGGGUCCACGCGGUCCGUGCGUGCCCCUCCUUCCGCCCGCGGCCCGGAAGCUGGCGAUGGCGCGGAAUGUGCUGUACCCUCUGUACCAGCUGGGCAACCCCCAGCUCCGUGUCUUCCGAACAAACUUCUUCAUUCGGCUGGUGCGGCCCGGCUCGGUCCAGCCUGAGGACACUGUGCAGUUCCGGAUCCCCAUGGAGAUGACCAGGGUGGACCUCAGGAAUUACCUCGAGCGCAUCUACAACGUGCCUGUGGCCGCCGUGCGGACAAGGGUGCAGCACGGUUCCAACAGGAAGAGGGAUUACAGAAACGUCAGGAUGAAGAAACCAGACUACAAGGUGGCCUAUGUGCAGCUGAUACGGAUGCCGCCCUCCAUCCUUCUUUGCCCGUCUGGAAACAGACAGUGCUGCCCUGGCGCGCACCCCCCUCCCGCGUCCUGGUCUUGGGGGGUUGCUCUGUGAGCCGAGGCGAACUGAAAGGGCACCUCACAGUUGCCGGGGCCCCCUCCUCCACGCCCACGGGGGCCGGUGCCCCGCACACGUGCUCGGGGGUCUGGGCUGGGGCUUGGCCGACGCUGGCACAUUCUGAACUUUUAGUGAAAGACGUAAAACCAGUUAAUUUGCAAAGCCGGUCUUGAUUUAUAGACUGCUGCAUAUGUACAUUUCUUUGUACGUUAUAUGCGUUUUAUUUGCCAAGCUCCGAGCCAGGAGGAGGGGUAGUCUUUAAUGUGGGUAAAGGCCUGUAGGUAUUUUGGAUGGAAAAAGUUUCAGCGCGGCACCAGACGUUAUUUGUGCCGUGUUUUCCUGUGCCUCGCUCCUGCCCCCCGGUCCGACCGGGCUGCCCCCGCGCCCGUGAAUGGGCGCUUUGCUGGGCUGCUUUUAAUGAGGCUCCAGCCACUGCAGACACCACUCUAUAAAGAGAUAAUGCCGAUGAAAAGGGGCAUUGUCCGGAGUCAUGGCUUCCCGCUGUUAGAUAAAAGCCAGCGGCAGGCCGACGUGUUCGCGUUCCAGGCAGGGACAGCACCCUGGACGUGCUGGCCGCGUGUCUGUCCCAGGGGCUUGGGGCAGGAGGGUCCUGU